AGAUGGCGGCAGGGACUAGCAAUUACUGGGAAGAUCUCAGGAAACAGGCUCGACAACUGGAAAAUGAACUUGACCUGAAACUAGUUUCCUUCAGUAAACUCUGUACAAGUUACAGCCACAGCAGUGCCCGAGAUGGAAGACGCGACAGGUAUAGCUCUGACACAACACCCCUUUUAAAUGGAUCAAGCCAAGACAGAAUGUUCGAAACUAUGGCAAUUGAGAUUGAACAGCUUUUGGCAAGGCUUACAGGAGUGAAUGAUAAAAUGGCAGAAUAUACCAAUAAUGCUGGUGUUCCUUCCUUAAAUGCAGCACUGAUGCAUACAUUACAGCGGCAUAGAGACAUCCUGCAGGAUUACACACAUGAAUUUCAUAAAACCAAAACAAACUUUACGGCAAUACGGGAAAGGGAAAAUCUCAUGGGAUCUGUACGAAAGGAUAUUGAAUCUUAUAAAAGUGGGUCUGGUAUAAACAACAGAAGAACUGAAUUGUUUUUGAAAGAACAUGACCACCUGCGAAACUCUGAUCGUCUGAUAGAAGAGACAAUAAGUAUCGCUAUGGCAACAAAAGAAAAUAUGACUUCCCAGAGAGGAAUGUUGAAAUCAAUUCAAAGCAAAAUGAAUACUUUGGCCAAUCGUUUUCCUGCUGUGAAUAGUCUGAUCCAACGAAUCAACCUUAGGAAACGGCGAGACUCGCUCAUCUUGGGUGGCGUUAUUGGUGUCUGUACCAUCCUCUUGCUACUGUAUGCUUUCCAUUGAUGGGACGGCUCCAGAGACUCUUGACAACCACCACUUUCACACCAUGACCUGGAAUAAAAAAAAGGAGAAGUUGAUUGUCUUGAUAAUUAGCCUGACUGAUGGGAUUAAUCCAAGACUAACAGCAGUGGACACUCUGACUUGGUCAGGUUAAGCUGAAGCCACAGUUUUUCUGUGCUGACUUUUCUAACACAUUUCCAUCUGUUUUUAGUUAUUUUUUUAAUUUUUUUUCUUAAGUUGAUUUUUAUUUUCUCCCCAUGGAGGUAAGUAAACCAAUCAAAAACAGAGUUUCUGUGUUUUGGAGAUAGUAUUGAUGGCUGUUGACAAGCCAGGUCUUACAGCUGAACUCUUCAGGAAACAAGGUUUCACUAUAUCCAAAGACUGCUUUCCUUUUCAACUACCAGAUUGAGUUGUAAAUAAAAGUAGUUCUUAUUCUUUUACUCUGUCCUUAAGAUGAGAAAUCACAAGUUAUUUUGUGAUAAUCUAUGUAUAAAUUCAUACUCUCUGUCUCCAUCUCUUAAUUUUCAAAGAAAGUUCUUUUUUUUUUUUUUUUUAUCCAUUCUUUGAGAUUCUGACUGGUAAACUUCAGCCCAAUUGAAGUGGUCAAAAACAAAAGUCAAACACUGCAAAAACAACCAGUUUUUCUUUUUUGUGUAUGUGUGCUCACUACAGGUUUAAGUAUGUUAUAAUGGAUAAACAUCAAGAAUGAAAGACUUAUUUUAAAGGAGUCAGUCAUUAUUUUGAUUUUUUUUUAUUUAUUCUGUUGGAAUAAUAAUACUUUUACAGGUGAAAGUGAAAUCUAAAUUCUACCAUGAUAGUAGAAACUAAUAAUCAAUGUUUAUCAAUGUCCCAACUAUUUCUCAUGUCAGGAUUGUUACUAGUAACUGAAGAGAGAACUACUGAGUUUUCAGUAAGAUCAAUACAAUAAGCCAUGCAUAAAAAGAUGAAGGGUUCACCAUCCAGAUAAUACCAUUUGUAUCUGCUCAAUUGUUGAUGAGCAAAAGCCUGAUAUACCAGAAAUACUGUGUUCUAUGAAAGCUUGUUCAUUCCAAAUCUGUUGUGCUUUCCAAACACCCAGAGAAUGGCUUCACAAUUGAAGGUGCACACGAAAGAAUCUGUCUCCAUGCACCUGUCUGCUGUUGCUAUCCCUGGACAAUGUCAUAAUUUUAAGCCACCUACCAGAAUUUGUUUCAAGUUUAACCACUUCUCAGAUCCUAUAAAUGUAUUAUCUGAACCAUCACAAAAAAGUUUGAAAUUUUCCAACAUCAGAAAGACGUCUUCAUCAGUGGAAUUGACUAUGAUAUUUGUAAUAAUGGCUUCCAACUGUGCAACAGGGAGUAAAAAAGAUUCUAGCAUGUCAUUCUUAACAGCAUAGUGUAUCAAUAUUAUCUUUCAACAGACUUGAUUUCUAGACCAAUGAAUAGACCAACCCUUGGUCUGGUACAGACUGAAAGGUUUUUUUGUUCUAGUGUCAAAGUUUUAUUAUGUUCCUAUAUGAAGGGAAUUUGAUAUUUUUAACAGGUUUAUUUUUCUAAAUAUGGGUUGAUUGAUGGAGAUAGUUGAUUGGGGAUGCCCUUAGAAGAAAACUUAAGUUUUCCCAAUGUAACCUUAAAAAAUAAGGGAAGUAAGUUAAUUUAUUAAAUUCUCUGUCAAGAGAAUGAAACAACUCUCCCCUGAUACUUUAUUAUCUUUGAUUUUUCAAAGGUCCUUGAUUGGUGGUUGUGCCUCAGCUAGAAUAUAUGGGACUUUGGUUGCUAUAUAGUUGGCAUUUAUAAAAUCUAAAGUAUCAUAAAUAAAGUUAUUUAUUUAAUUAUAUUAGAA